AUGGUGAAAGAAGGGAUAAUUCUUGGCCACAAGAUCUCAGAGAAAGGCAUCAAGGUAGACAAGGCAAAGAUUGAGGUCAUGAUGCAACUAAGAGAGCCUAAGUCAGUCAAGGAUGUAAGAAGCUUCUUGGGGCAUGCAGAGUGUAGCCAAGCUUUCUUGAGGAUCAAGGAAGCUCUUGUUAGCGCACCAAUUGUCCAAGCACCUAAUUGGGAGCUGCCUUUUGAGAUCAUGUGUGACGCCUCGGACUUUGCUGUGGGAGGAGUGUUGGAUCAGAAGGUAGAUAAGAAGAUGAAUGUGAUCUACUAUGCAAGUAGGACGCUUGACAAUGCUCAAACUCGCUAUGCCACAACCGAGAAAGAGCUGCUGGCAGUCAUCUUUGCUUUUAACAAGUUCAGGAGCUACAUUGUUGGUUCAAAGGUCAUAGUUCACACAAACCAUGCUGCUCUCAAGUAUCUAUACACCAAGAAAGAUGUAAAGCCUAGACUCUUGAGAUGGGUUCUCUUGCAUCAAGAGUUCGAUAUCGAGAUAGUCGACAAGAAAGGAAAUAGUGUCGCUGAUCAUCUCUCGAGGUUAAGGAUUGAAGAAGAGCUCCCUAUUGACGAUUCUCUGUCUGAGGAGCAGCUCAUGGCCGCCAGGAUUGUGGACAGAGGAUAUGCAAUCAAUUGUAGAGAGAUCCCUAGUGGCUGGAGUGGUUACCAAAGGAAGAAAUUUUUCAAAGAUGUCAACUACUACAACUGGGAUGAGCCUUACCUGUUCAGAAAAGGGAAUGACAACUUGUUUAGGAGGUGUAUAGCUAAGGAUGAGGUCGAAGGUAUUCUGUUUCAUUGCCACGGUUUGAGCUAUGGAGAUCAGUUUGCGGUUUUCAAAACGGUGCAAAAGAUCUUGGUAGUUGUGGACUUUGUCUCCAAAUGGGUUGAGGCAAUAGCUGCACGAACUAAUGAUGCCAAGGUGGUACUUAAGCUCUUCAAGACCAUAAUUUUCCUUAGGUUUGGUGUUCCACGUUGUGUAAUAAGUGACGGUGGCACUCACUUUGUCAAUAAAGUUUUUGAGAAUCCCUUGAAGAAAUAUGGUGUGAAGCACAAGAUAGCUACACCAUAUCACCCACAAACUAGUGGCCAAGUGGAGGUUUCAAAUAAGCAGAUAAAAGUCAUACUCCACAAGACAGUGAAUUCAUCAAGAAAAGACUGGUCGGAGAAGCUUGAUGACGCUCUGUGGGCAAGACGCCAAUUAGGAGGUCACCAUACUCUUUGA